AUGAGUGACAUUACCGACCUUACAGAUGAUGACGACAGCCACCACAGGAGUGAAUUUUUGCGUGAGAUAGCUCUGAUGAAGAAGAUUGGCUAUCACACCAAUGUGGUGAGCAUGCUGGGAUGCUGCACACUUUGUGAUCCUGUGUGUGUCGUGGUGGAACAUAUGGCCAAUGGCGAUCUUCAGUCCUAUCUCAAGGCUAUCAGGAGUUCCAUAAGGGAACGGGACCACACACAGCAUGCCUAUGUCAACAGGGAUGUAGAUCUCCUUGGUCCCACGGACCUGCUGUCCUUUGCUCGUCAAAUCUCCAUUGGCAUG